AUGUUGCUCAUCGCCCAACUCCUCAUCCUCUUUUGCACAGGUGUAUUCGGCCAUUCUCAUCCUCUCGCAAACUGUGAUCUGUCAAAUGGAGCUCAUUACUGUUCGCCAAGCCUAGGAUUAGCUCGGAACUUCAGCUUCGACUUCGUCUGCGCCUUCAAAGAUGCCGACUUAACUACGUACUGGGCGAGGGAUCAGACUUCAUCCCAAGAUAACCGUCUCAUAAACCUCGACACCAACGGGAAAGUCAGCGUUGAACUCCUAGCUGCCUCUGGUCAAGGAGUUGCCUCAAGCAUCGUCCUGAAAUCAGACUCUGGAAACGAAAUUUCAUGGGACAUUCUUAGAACGUACGACAACCAAGUACAAGCCAACUACGUAUUUCAUGGUGAUACCGAUGGCAAAGUGUACAACCAAACAUUCCCCGUCGACUCGCCUAUUUUCACUGCGUUCCAUACAUAUUCGAUUGAGUGGACGCAGUACAAAAUCGCAUUUUCCAUCGACGGACACGACGUUCUUACCUGGUACAUCGGCGACGUCCCCCCUGAGAAGUGGCCCCAAACUCCCAUGAAGCUUCACAUCGGCACGUGGAUUCCAGACCAGGACCGCGAAGGAAACAGCCUGGCUCGAUGGGCUGGGGGACCGCCCAGCUGGGAACGUGCGCCUUUCACGGCGUUCUUCAGGAAGGUCGAGAUCAACGACUUCGCCGGAUUGUGUUUGGAGGUUGAUGGCCCGGUGGAAUAUGUCCUAGGUGAGGGGAUCAAAGGAUGGGAAGAUGUCAAAGUCAACGGAUGCUACAGGCGGUUCUCGUCCGGGAUGUACAUCCCCCAUGCUGGCUUCCAAGUCCCAACCUCUCGACCUGUGGAGGCACCCUCAGCCUCUUCGGCCAGCAGCAGUCUCUUUUCGAGCGGAGUUCGCAGGCCUGCAGACACUGUAUCUAAAACAACCGAUGGUGUCCCGGAGAGAACCAACUCUGAGGCUGAGGGAGAUGCAGUGGCGGAAAAAUUCAUGGCCGCGCCCACACAGCCUCGCUGCCGUGCUCUUCCUCGUAUGGCUGCUACUGUCUUGGUAGUUCUCACUAACUUCACAAGAAAUGAAAGUUCUUUCCUUUAA